AUGUCGAGCCUCAAAGAUAUCAUGGACGUAGAUGUGGAUCCUCUUGAAUCUCAAGCCUAUAGAAGGAAGGAAGCCGCUCAACAACAACAAGCUUCGCGACCAUCCAUUGAUCCUUCAUCUCAAAGUCCCUCUCCUCAGCUUGAUGAUACCAAAGGAAAGCCAUCUAACAACCAUCGAAGAUCAAACCGAGUUUCAAAGCCGUCCUCCCUGCCCACUACGUUGCGUCCCAACUCACGGCGGCGUAGCAGCAGUGCUGGUGAAGCUAUGGAUUUCUCGGCCUACCAGCCCGGCGGGCCAAGCCAAGGAAGCAUAUCUAGUAGUCCUCUGCAAACAUCUUCCAGAGGAGCAAUAGAGCCCAUGGCAGAUAUUGUGCCAGUCAAAUACACACCUGUGACCGGACGUAUCAGCAGAGCAAAGAAGGGUAUGCCGGUGCAUACAUGCGACGACUGUAGGAAGACAUUCACCAGGGCAGAGCAUCUCAGAAGGCACAAACUGAGUCAUGGUAAACCUGCUUUUCCAUGUACAUUCGAGGACUGCGAGAGGACAUUCCACCGCCCUGACCUACUGGCUCGUCAUCUCAAUCGACACGAGACACAAGGUGAAAAAGCAUAUAAAUCUAGUGACCCAAGAAGCAGGGCUUCCUCAAGUGCAUCAGAGAAUGCCCCUAUGAAACUAGAACCUACACCACACGCAAUGUCUAUGAACCUGAGUCAGAUGUCUCCAAAUAAUUCUAUGACACCGAGGACUUCAGCGGGAGGGGAAAAUCCUGCCGCAGCUGCAAAUUUUAACACAAUCACGGGCAAUUUCCAAGCUGUUGAUUUUUCAUCUGGCAGCUCCCAUAAAAGGACUGUUGGCCAGGCACAAAUGACUGAUGCGGAAGUGUAUACUGGGGCAUCACCUGGACCGAUCUCAUCUAGGACUUAUGGUGAGAUGACUUCAACUUUCAAUGUAAGGCCCAUGCAGGAGUUUUCGGACCAAGGUCCGUAUCGUACAACGAGCUCCAGCUUCCAAGGACUGUACAAUGAAGAUGCUUCCUCAUUUCAGAAUUAUAGUGCACCUCAUGCUCUACCACUUUUACGCAUCCCAGAAGAACCUUAUAUGCCAGGCUUAUCAUACACACACGACAAUUCACCCUGGUGCUCGUCGGCUUCCGAUAGCACCUAUUCAACUCAGUCGGAGAGCUCACGAACGGGAAGAAUGACGCAUAGAGGCCGAUCCGGUUCAUUAGUCACAGCGCCCGAAUGGUCUAUUCCAAUGCCAAGCGCACCAUGGUCCCACGGUAUGUGCGAUCACUUCGCGGGUGUAGUUACAUCAAAUCAUAAACUGAUAAUACGGUACUUUAGGUAUGACCAACACCACAGCUCAGGACCUUAG